GAGGUUGAGGGAAUGCCAAGCAAAAUCUAAAAUGGAUUCCAUUAAUGGAGAGAGUAGUGCUAUUGAGCUACGUGAAGCUCUAGGUUUGGUGUGGAAUUAUUCCUUCAAAUACGUAAAUUCCAUGUCCUUAAAAUGUGCUAUUGAUUUAGGGAUUCCUGAUAUCAUCCACAAAGAAGGCCAACCCAUCACUCUUUCUAAACUAGUUUCAGCACUGGGGGUUCACGCAAACAAAGCUCAUUGCAUUCUCCGCCUCAUGCGCAUUCUAGUUCACUCUGGCUUCUUUGCUCAACAACUUGACCAAAAUGAGCAGGAAGAAGAGUUAUAUCUUCUUACACCCGCUUCUCGACUCCUCCUUAAAGAUAACUCCAUGAAUGCAGCACCCUUUGUGCUUCUCGUGGCUGAUCCAAUAUUCACAACUUCCUUCACUUUUUUAAGCACAUGGUUACGAAAUGAUGAUUCCUCAGUGUUUGAGACAGCUCGAGGGAAAAACUUUUGGGAUUGUGUAGCCGAGGAACCUAGACUUAGAAACCUGUUUUACGAAAACAUGGUCUCUGACUCUCGGUUGAUAUCAAGAUAUUUGAUUGAAAACUUUAAAGAUGUCUUUAUAGGGUUCAAGUCUCUGAUUGAUGUGGGCGGUGGAACUGGAACUAUGGCCGAAGCCAUAGCCAAAGCUUUUCCAGAAAUUGAGUGCACUGUUUUUGAUCUUCCACAUAUUGUUGUUAAUUUGCAGGGAACUAAGAACUUAGCUUUUGUUGGAGGCGACAUGUUUCAGUCAAUACCUUCAGCAGAUGCAGUUUUGCUCAAGUGGAUUCUACAUGAUUGGGGAGAUGAAGAUUGCUUGAAGAUACUAAAGAGGUGUAAAGAAGUAAUUCCAAGCAAAGAUAAAGGAGGGAAGGUAAUUAUUGUUGACAUGAUCAUUGAUACACAGAAGCAAGAUAAGGAGUCAGUUGAGACACAGCUAUGCACUGAUAUGUUCAUGAUGUCUGUGCUAUCCGUUGCCAAAGAACGAAGCCUCAAAGAAUGGAACAAACUCUUCUUGGAAGCCGGUUUCACCCACUAUAAGGCAACUCCUAUUAUAGGUCAUAGGUCUCUCAUUGAGCUUUACCCUUGAUUUCUUAUUUCAAAUCAUAUUUGUGUGUUAAGUUUAAUUCUCGAAUGCUUGGACGGACUUUGUUGUAUUCCAAUACAAAUUUGUAAUAUUGUACCUUCGAUCUCUGUUAUCCUCAAAAAUAAAAUAGUAUCAACAUCUAAAUAAAUUAUGAAAA